UUGGUUGAGAGUAGAGAGUAGUUUGAGCAAAACAGAUUUCCCGCCAUUCUCAACUGUUUAUCUUCCUCCCCUCCCCUCUCCUCUUCUCUUCUCUUCUCUUCUCUUCUCCAACAAAUCUCCUUCAACUCUAAAUGUAACCCUAUAAUUUCCCCCUCAAAUCUACACUCCUCAAAGUUGCUCUCUAGCAACUCAAUUCCACACGCUCGAAAAUGGCGUCGGGAGCUUCUGAUUUCAAGAUGCACAUUCCAAGUAAGCCCCCGCUGCCACCACCACCACCACCACCACCUCCUCCUCCUCCCCUCCCGCCGUUCUCCACUGAGAUUUCAGAAAACUUGGACGAAUUGAAGAUUCCGUUCUUCAAAUCGAGCUCUCGGAGGCCAAGAGGUGAUACCUGUGUUGUCUCCUUCUUCGUGCUUCUCCAUAUUGUGGCGUUCAUCGCCAUGAUGUUGGUUAAUGAUUGCUGGUCUAAUUCUCAUCAAGAAUGCGCGUUUGGAGUGCUCGGAAGGAUGUCGUUUCAGCCACUUGCGGAGAAUCCUCUUCUUGGCCCUUCCGCUUCCACGCUAGAGAAAAUGGGAGGUCUUCAGCGAAAGAGCUUGACCGAAUAUCGACAAAUUUGGCGUCUGUUUACAUUUCCUUGUAUGCAUGCUGGACUCAUCCACCUUGUGGUUAAUCUUGGCAGCGUUAUCUUUGUAGGGAUUCAAUUAGAACAUGAGUAUGGACCAGUAAGGACUGGGAUUAUCUAUCUACUCUCUGCUUAUACUGGCACCUUGGUGGCUGCACUUUUUGCUCAAAACAGCCCAUCGGUUGGUUCAUCUGGAGCUCUAUUUGGUCUACUUGGAGCUAUGAUUUCUGGGAUAAUAAGGAACUGGAAACUUUACACUGAUAGAUUUUUAGCUCUGGGAUCAGUUCUUGCUGUCUUUGCUAUCAAUUUCGGACUUGGCCUGCUACCUUACAUAGACAAUUUUGCGAAUGUUGGAGGCUUGGCGUCGGGAGUACUUCUCGGUUUCACUAUUUUGUUCACUCUGCAGCAUAGACAAGAAAAGGCUCAAACUAAAGGAUACUCUUUGAGUUAUAGUUUCAAGAAUUAUUUCAAUUUGAAAAUGAAACAGAAGCUGGAUAAACCGAUCCUGAGAAGCACGUCUCUUCUUCUCUUCGCUCUUUUAUUUUGCGGAUCUCUAAUUGGAGUUUCUUUUGAAUUUGACUUGAACAAGUAUUGCAUAUGGUGUCGCUACAUCGACUGUGUUCCAUUCAAGAAAUGGCACUGCAAGGAUGUGGCAUUUUCUUGUGCGACAAUGGUGAGCGAUCGAGAACUGACAUUGACAUGCUUGACUACUGGCAACUUCAAGGUAUACCCUUUCUCUGAUAUCUCCCAAUCGCGGAUAAACGACUUGUGUGGUCUCAUAUGUUCAUAAUAGAUACCUUCAGAAGCUACAAACCAUACACACACACCAACAGGUAAAUGCCUUUUUCUUUUUACACCGAAUACAUAGCUUUACAUGUGUGUUGGGACUUACAAAAAUACAUUUUGUGGGUCUCAUAGUUGUCUUUGAGGAGCAGAGGAUAACAUUUUUCCAUAACUACAAAAUUUUCUUUUAUACUGAAAGAAAAACUAUUAUAGAUGUAAUACCUAAUAGGUGUCUGAAUGAGAUUGUUCUUCAUUAUAAAUGGUAAAAUGCUUCAUUCAGAAAUGGUCUUUUGUGUUUCUUAGAGUUGGAAUUUGUAUUUAGAAGAAAAAAAACUC